AUGUCUGGCUACGAUGUCGAACACAGCAUCCCGGCUGAGAAGAAAGAACAGCCCCGCCGCCGCCCAGAUCUAUCAACCUUCUUCGGCACUCUCGACCUAGUAGACACAUCCGGAGAUCGCCAACCUCAGAACGAACAUGCACUACCACUCCCACGUGACAUCUCGGCAGCCUUCAGGAACCUCGCCAAUGCCUUCGAUAUGAUGCGUGGAGGUGCUGCCACGGCCCACGAGCAAGGACACAAUGAGCUGCUUGAGCAGCUGGUCGAGAGUUUGAUGCAGAGUGCCGAGCACCCACCUAGUGAAGUGCAGGGAGUGAGCGAUGAGUUUAUUGAGCAGUUGGAGAGGAUACCGAAGAAGAGUCUGAAGGAGGAUAUGAGUUGUCCUAUCUGCAGUAACCCGUUUUUGGAAGAUACGCACCCUCUCGUCGUCCGUCUACCAUGCCACAAGGACCAUCUCUUCGACCUUGAAUGCAUACAACCUUGGCUGAAGCUCAAUCCGACAUGCCCGCUUGACAGACAGGUCCUUGUCAAGAAGAAGCCACCACCUCCUCCGCCAGCAGACGACGAGGAUGGCGAGUAUGAUGACAUGUAUGCAUGA